CUCCCCUCGGGCGCGCACGCGGGCCGGGCCGGGCCGGGCCAUGCUGCGGGGGCUGCUUCCGCGCUGCUCGCGCUGCUGCCACCGCCGGGGACCGACGCUUUGGCCGCGCGCCUGCAGCACCAGCAGCUCGGCGGGGAGCAGGGGCCUCGUCUUGGGCAUCUAUGCAAAUGAAAAGGAAGAGGGACCUCCUCAGUUUACUGAUGCAGGAGAUGCUUUUGAUAGACGUGUAUCCGGGAAGCUGAGAGAACUUUUGUCCAUAUCCGGGCCUCUUUUGAAGAAAGGCAAAACACGCAUCUUUCAUGGUUUGUAUCAGGACUUUCCAAGUGUUGUAGUUGUGGGCUUGGGUAAGAAGAGCAUUGGAGUAAAUGAUCAAGAAAACUGGGAUGAAGGCAAAGAGAAUAUUCGGGCAGCUGUUUCAGCUGGAUGCAGGCAGGUUCAGGAUCUAGAGAUCCCUUGUGUUGAAGUGGAUCCCUGUGGAGAUGCUCAGGCUGCUGCAGAAGGAGCAGUCCUUGGAUUGUAUGAGUAUGAUGAGUUUAAGAAAAGAAAGAAGCCUGUCGUUACUCCUCAGCUACAUGGAAGUGAUGGAAAAGAAGCCUGGCAAAAAGGUACCAUCUACGGUGAAGGUCAAAAUUUGGCUCGACACUUGAUGGAGGCCCCAGCAAACUAUAUAACACCAAUUAAAUUUGCUGAACUUGUUGAACAGAAACUCAAAGCCGCUAAUAGCAGCAUGAAGAUCCAUAUCAGAUCAAAAUCCUGGAUAGAAGAGCAGCAGAUGGGAGCAUUCUUGAGUGUAGCUAAGGGUUCAGAGGAGCCUCCAGUCUUUUUGGAGAUUCACUAUUCUGGCAGCGCUAAUGCAAAUGACCCUCCAUUGGUGCUUGUUGGGAAAGGAGUUACAUUUGAUAGUGGUGGCAUUUCAUUAAAGCCUUCUUCAGGUAUGGAUGCAAUGAGAGCAGAUAUGGGAGGAGCAGCAACUGUGUGCUCAGCCAUUGCAACAGCAGCAACGCUAAAUCUACCUCUUAAUAUAAUUGGUUUGGCACCUCUCUGUGAAAAUAUGCCAAGUGGUAGGGCAAGCAAACCUGGAGAUGUAGUUAGAGCCAAGAAUGGAAAAACAAUACAGGUUGAUAACACAGAUGCAGAAGGACGGUUACUGUUAGCUGAUGCCCUCUGCUACGCCCACAAUUUUAAUGCACGGGCUAUUGUGAAUGCUGCAACUUUAACAGGUGCCAUGGAUGUAGCAUUAGGAUCUGCUGCAACUGGUGUGUUUACCAAUUCAUCUUGGCUCUGGACUCACCUUUAUGAGGCCAGUAUUUUGACAGGAGACCGUGUUUGGAGAAUGCCUCUCUUUGAACAUUACACAAAACAAGUUACAGACUGCCCACUUGCAGAUCUGAGUAACGUUGGAAAAUAUAGCAGAGCUGGAGGUGCAUGUACAGCUGCUGCAUUCCUGAAAGAAUUUGUAACCGUUUCUCACUGGGCUCAUUUAGAUAUAGCUGGUGUGAUGUCUAAUAAAGAUGAGGUUCCUUAUCUUCGAAAGGGCAUGGCUGGACGACCAACACGCACAUUAGUGGAGUUUGCUACUCGACUGAGCCAAGACAAUCAAAGUGCCUAGAAAAAUAUUCUAUAAGCUUCCAAUUUGUCCACUUUAAAGAAAUUUUAAGAUUAUUUGGAAAAAAAAAAAAGCAAAAACCCUGUUUUCAAACAUAGCAGCAGCAUAUGUACUUUCUACCAAAAUGCCAAAUAUGGAAAUUUUUAUUAAAUAUGAACAUGCUCUCCACAGCUUAAUGGGAGACUGCAAUGAACUACAAGUGCACCUUACAAAUUUAUUGCUAAAUAAUUUGAGGUUCUGCGUUCCCAUAUUAUGCUGCUGAAGUAAGAGGUUCUCUUAGAACUAUUUUUAGAACUACAGGACAUCUCAUGUUGAAGAAAUGAUCAUUGUAAAACAUCUGAACUUAAUGUAUAGCAACUGGAAGAGUUAGAAUAAAUCUGCCUUUUAGUGCUUAGAAGGCUGAUUCAUUAGUCCAAAUAAUAAAAUAUCAAGGGUGAUUUAAUCUGGAGAAGGGAAAAUUGCUCCAUCUAUCCUGCUAUAUUUUGUAUUCAUGAUGUUUCUUUUGGAAAUCUCAAAACACUUUGUGGAUGAGGAUUUUACAGCUAAGUAAACCAAGAUACAGUUU